ACAGCCCUAGUCGCGCAGUCGCUCAGUCGCGCCCGCGCAGCCACAUCGCACGCACGCGUCGCCGCACUCCCGCGCAACACAUCGCGAACACUCGUCGCGCAUCAAGUGCUACCGUAAACUAAAUACAUCUGUGACAGUGACAUGGUUUUGUGCUUUAAUUGGAUUCUGUGACGGUGAUACGGACCGGUGUGUGUGAGUGCAGCUGCAAGAGCGGUGAUGCGCCGCGAGCGCCGGCGAUCGACACAUGCAUGCCGCCCGCGCACCCGGUGUGGUUGUGAUGACAUGGUGGUGGGCGCUCGCGCUGCUAGCGCUGUCUGCGCCCGCCCGCCCCGCGCCUCGGGCGGGCAACGGUGAGCAAUUUUACAGUUACCAAAUGUCGCGCAAAUCGUGCGUGGCGGGCGGCGCGCGCGGCGCGUGCAUGUGGGUGCAGGAGUGCAACAGAGUGGGGGGGACGCAUGCAGGAGUCUGCGUCGAUGGAUUCAUGUUCGGCUCCUGCUGUCGGCUGCCAGAUAAACCUGUGCAUGUGGAAGAACCUGCACCUCCAGUCACAGUUACUGAAAAGAUAUACUCAACGCCAUCUAGUACGGCACACACUACAACACAACCGCCGGAGACAUCAACACAAACUAUUUCACGGCCGAACUGGCAAACUCAGCGGCCGUCGUUCAUGACCAAACCAAUAGAUGGCGCCCCCACGUCGUACAGCUACCGGCCGCCAGAAAUAAACUUACCUUCAUUAGGAAAUUUAGAUUCAAGUAGCGAACAAAAUAGUGAUAUAGUUAAUAAAAUACCUUAUAACAGUGUAAAUAAAUACCAAAAUGUAAAUAGGCCGAACAGUGAAGCGGAAACUAGUCCCCACAAUAAGAUUUCGUCUAGUCUUAGCAUAUUAUCUGGAGCGCGGCCGAUGGCCGUGUCGGAGCAACAUGCUGAUAACAGCAUCAACUCAGGUCAAUUCAUAUCAAGACCAAGCAACCUGAACACCAUCCACUGGCAGGCGACCACGGAACCAACCUUCAUCACGAAGCCUCGACCGUCCUGGGAGAAGCCAGCAGGCAAGCCGAAGCCCACAAAGAAGUUCACCACCACGACCAGCAAACCACAUAAGAACUACAUCAAGCCGAAGGAUCCUGCGUCCAAUAUGAUUAACAGGACCGAAGAGUCUACGUCACCGCCGAUUCAGACAACGUCUGCUACUAAUACUGUUGAAUGUGGUCUAACAGCCAUGUGGCCACGUCCAGAGUCGAGGAUCAUGGGCGGCAAAGACUCGAGCUUCGGUCGCUGGCCGUGGCAGGUGUCUGUGAGAAGAACCUCCUACUUCGGCUUCUCAUCCACGCACCGAUGUGGAGGUGCCAUCAUCAACGAGGGCUGGAUUGCCACGGCUGGUCACUGCGUUGAUGAUCUCCUGACAUCACAAAUAAGGAUCCGAGUUGGCGAAUAUGACUUCUCCUCUGUAUCAGAAGAAUAUCCCUUCGUAGAGAGUGGAGUAGCAAGGAAAGCUGUACAUCCAAAAUACAAUUACUAUACCUAUGAGUACGAUUUGGCUCUGGUGAAAUUAGAGGCUCCAGUCCAGUUUGCUCCUCAUAUAUCUCCAAUAUGUCUACCAGCUACAGAUGACCUGUUAGUAGGAGAGAAUGCUACCGUUACUGGGUGGGGAAGAUUGUCUGAAGGUGGCGUGCUACCGUCGGUUCUUCAAGAGGUACAAGUACCCAUAGUAUCGAACGAGCGAUGUAAGUCGAUGUUCCUGAGAGCUGGCAGACACGAGUUCAUCCCAGACAUCUUUCUGUGCGCUGGCCACGAGAGGGGAGGCCAUGACUCCUGCCAGGGAGACUCUGGAGGACCCUUGCAGGUAAAAGGAAAAGAUCAGAAAUAUUUCCUAGCUGGAAUCAUCAGUUGGGGUAUCGGAUGCGGCGAGGCGAACCUACCCGGAGUUUGCACCAGGAUAUCGAAGUUCGUUCCAUGGAUUCUUCAAACGGUCAAUUCUUAGACUGAAGCACUUAGUGCUUCAUAGUGGAAGGUGAUAAAGACAAAGUGAUGAACAGUGAAACAAAGACACGAAACGAGUUUGUGACAAGUGCAGAAUAAGUUACCUUCAAAAAUGUUGAUUGGAUUCAACGUUUUCUGAGGCGUUUAAUUAGGAAUAUCUCGCCAGGAGCUUGCAGAACUCGUGGUGGCGAGAUUCUGCAUCAACACCUUCGCCGGAGCUCCAACAUGGUGAUAUUUUUAAGCUUCACAAUAAACGCCCUGAUGACUGCUUUGAGGUUGUAGAACUCAUCAUGUAUACUAAUGACGGUGAUCUUGCUGCAUAUUCAAUGAUUUCGGAAUCAACAGAAGUUUGGAAUGUGUUAAGCUCCAAUUAUGAACGUUCUAAACGGGAAUUCACUUAGGUAGCGACCAAACGCAGGUAAUUCGACGUUCCGUGAUGUGCCUUAGGCAAAUUGGAAUGGUAAAUGUUGCCGUUCUGUGUCGAAGUAGCUAUUCCUGCCUUUCCGUCUAAAUGCUCAUUUGGUUUGUAGGCAUUAGGGGGAUGAAGAUUAGCUUCAUGAAUUUUUAUUAGUACUUUAUUGUGUACGAUUUAUUGAGCUAUUGUUUUAAUUCUUGUUGCUACAUGUUGUUUCUAAUAAACAACAUAUCUUUUUUUCUGAAAAUGACAUCACCCAGUCCUUUGAAGAAGUAAGAUUAAUGUGGUAAGAUCACCGCCAUAUAUGUAAGACUACUUCGCCUUAUGCACUUGAAACAAUUCUAUGUAAAUACAAUCAAUUUUAAGAUCAUUUUAAUCUUUAUUAGUUUAAUUUAUCCUAAGGCUCUGUAUGCUCAAAUGUGUAAAUAUACGUACGUAUGUAUCUUGCCGUUUAAUUAAGGUUAUACUAAUAAUACAGUAUUAUUUACUUUCCCCAGCAUUUGCAAUGGAAUAACACGUUUUGUAAAUAUUACCCGUAUUUGUUCCAGUUCCUUAGAAACCAGAAUGUUUAUACAAUUAGAUGAUGGAGUGGUCUGAGUUGGGAAUAUUAUGGUUAUGAUUUUAAACAAUAUCAAAUGGCUCGUUGUUUUUGCGGUCAUACU